AUGGAUGAGGUUAUGGAGGAGUCCAUCCCUUCUAUGAUUAUAAAGAAGCCAACUGAGGACAAUCUUUCAUCUCUUCUUUUCGAUGAUCCCCUUGCAUCUUGUCUUCUUGAAAUGUAUGAGAAUUGUGGGUUUGACAAUGAAGGAUCAAUGAGUGAAAAUUUGUAUUUAGAGAACUUACGUCUUACGUCUGUAACGUUUGCCACAGCCAUCAUCAACCUUACUCCUGUUGUCAUAUUCAUUCUUGCAAAAAUUCUCGGGAAAGAGAGCUUAAAACUUAGAACAUCAGCUGGGAAAUUAAAAAUAAUUGGGAUCAUAUUGAGCCCAGUGGGUGUUGCACUCCUCACUUUCUGUCACCUUAUGGAGAUCAACAUCGAGUCGAUUAAAUUUGACUUGCUCUCCCAUGUCAAACAUGAGACGGAAGAGAAUCACAAUUUGGUAUUAGGAUUAGGUUUAGCUAUAAUGGCCACUCUGUGUAACGCAAUCUUCUUCAUACUUCAGGAUUUUGAGUCUUUCUCAUCUCCUGAUCCAAUAUCAACAUCUUUAGUAGGGUACAUGAACCCUCUAGGCCCUCUCAAGCACCGGAGAGGAUCCUACUUUUUUUUUUUUGGCUACUAUAUAUAUGCCCUAUGUGUGGAGAAGGAUUGGGCCCAAUGGAAGUUGGGAUGGGAUAUCAGACUUUGGGCUGCCACUUUUUGCGUGACCAUCCGAGAUGGUUGCACUUGUGGAGAAUAUUUUGGUGAAGGAGAAACAGUAGGCAGAGGAGAAGAACUAUUUACCUGUGUUGGAGUUGGUGAUGAGGCAUCCUUGGAGAGGGUAGAAGUAGAAAUUUUUUCGUGUGAGUGUGAGCUAGGACGGGAAAAUGGGGAGGCCGAGCAUGAAGAUGAGAGAGUAGAAGAAUUCGGUGGAGGUGUGUAG